UCUCCACAACUCUAAACCACACAUUUUUUAUUCUUCAAUAAAGCUUUCUUUGGCUGCUUGUGAUUCUUCAUUAUGUGUCCGUAUUGUGCAUUAUGCAGUUUUUAGGAUCCAAAAAUAUACCAUGAAGAAACUACUACUAUUACUUCUUAUGAUUCUUCACUUGAUCAUUGCUACUUCAGCUGAAGUACUGUUGCCACUAAAUGCAUCAUCAGCAGGAGUAGGCGAAUUCAAGCCGGUUCAACCGGUGGAGUACCGGCUAAUUGAGGCGUCGAUGAUGAUAGGGAACGAUACCAUAACUGGGCAGCCGCGGCGAAGAAGGUUAGAACCUUAUCAGGUGUGUUUAGUAUGCAAGUGCUGUGCUGAAGCAUCUGCAACUACAUGUUCUUCUAUGCCUUGCUGCUUUGGUAUUGAUUGUCAGCUACCAAAUAAGCCUUUUGGGGUUUGUGCUUUUGUACCUAAGACUUGCAAUUGUACUUCUUGUCCUGCUUAGCCCUCAAACUUUUCUUUUCGUUGCGAAUUCUACUCAGAAUCAGAUUCUCUUUGCCAUUGUUUGAACCUGAUACAGAUAUGUAUAAAAUUACGGAUUCUCAUUUUAUAGUUACGGAUGUUUAGUGGCAUAUAUAUGGAUUGUACAGAAGUUCUUCUUCUUCUUCUUCUUGGUUCUUGCUGGUAUGAUAUUAUGAAUAUUGGGAAUUGUAGGAUAUUUAUUGCUCUUUUUGGUUGAAUUGGAGUGUAUAUAUAUCUACUUGUGUGUUUCUAAUUCUAUAUAAUAUCAUUUGAUUAUCCAUGAUU